UUAUCACGAAGGCUGCUGAUCGGCCUGGCUUCAAACACUCUGUGGUCUGAGCCCGAACCUUUUAGGGUCGCGACUGACACUACGCCGUUCACACCAUGCCUUGGGUCCUCAGUGCGCCACGACCUCUAGAGAGACGUGGGUCCUCGGAGCCUCUUUAGUGCUGGAGCUCGGGCUGCAGGCAGCUCCGCGGAGGCGAAGCCGUGCCUCCGGAAAGGAUGGAUGGAUUCUUCCCAAGCAGCUCAGCUAAUUGGCAGCAGCUGAACAAUGUUCCUCAUUAAUAUCCAGCUGUCGGCGUAAUCGUCAGGUCAUUUCACUCUGGUGGCAGGGACUCAGCUCUGAAAUCUAUAUAGAAAAAGCACCUGGAUCCCAGUCUUUCAAUGGCUUCGAGACAAUCAGAAGUGCCUGCUCUUGAGCCCAGUGGGCCUCUAGGCAAGAUGUCCCUGCCCAUCGGGAUGCACCGCCGGGCAUUCAGCUAUGAUGAUGCCCUGGAGGACCCGGCGCCCAUGACCCCUCCUCCAUCGGACAUGGGCAGCAUCCCCUGGAAGCCGGUGAUCCCAGAGCGCAAGUAUCAGCACCUCGCCCAGGUGGAGGAAGGAGAGGCCAGUGUCCCCUCCCCUGCCAUGACCCUGUCAUCAGCCAUUGACAGUAUGGACAAGGUCCCCGUGGUGAAGGCUAAAGCCACCCGUGUCAUCAUGAAUUCUCUGAUCACAAAACAGACCCAGGAGAGCAUUCAGCGUUUUGAGCAACAGGCAGGGCUGAGAGAUGCUGGCUACACACCCCACAAGGGCCUUACCGCCGAGGAGACCAAGUACCUUCGAGGGGCAGAAGCACUCCAAAAACUAAAACUACAGAGUGGAGAGAUAACGAGAGAGGAGAAUCCGGCCUCAGCCCAGUCCACCCCCAGCAGCACCCCCCACUCUUCCCCUAAGCAGAAGCCUAGAGGCUGGUUCUCAUCUGGCCCUUCCACAGCCUUACCUGGCCCAAAUCUUAGCACCAUGGAUUCUGGAAGCAGAGAUAAAGACAGAAACUCGGCAGAUAAAUGGAGCCUCUUUGGACCAAGAUCUCUCCAGAAGUCUGAUUCGGGAGGUUUUGCCACCCAACCCUACAGGGGAGCUCAGAAACCUUCUCCAAUGGAGCUGAUCCGCGUGCAGGCCACCCGAAUGGCCGAAGAUCCAGCAGCCUUCAAGCCACCCAAGAUGGACGUCCCAGUGAUCGAAGGGAAGAAACAACCGCCGCGUACCCAUAAUCUCAAACCCCGUGACUUGAAUGUGCUCACACCCACCGGCUUCUAGAGUUUUCUCUUCCAAUGACUCUGGAUAGAGGGUUUCUUACACCCACUCCUCUAUUACCCUGGCUCUGACAUAGGAAGGGUUUGGGUUGUUUUUUUUUUUCUUCUUUUUUUUCCAAUCCUUUAAACUGAGGCUAGAACUGGAGACAUAAUUGGUUUUUGAGAAAUAUUAGUGUAAAGCCUGUCCUUGUGUGGAAGAAGCUAUUGCGUGUUGCGUUGAUGUAAAGUUAGACUAAAUAACCUCAGCAGCAAUGUGUGGGGCCUCAUCACCUAUGUCUGCAUCACGUGACCUAGACAAGACCUGGACCGCCCCGUGCUAGGCAGGGAAUGUUCGCGUCGUCCUCUACCACAGUCAGCGCGUGUGGAGGAGUCAUGGCAGAGUGGCGCCCGCUGACUGGUCUCUGCCCUACGCUGCUGGCGCUGUGUGCUCCAGCCAUGUGGGUGAGGGGACCCACGCCUGUUUGAGAUCUGGGCACAAAGAAAAGCAGACUUGGCAGGGACACCCCUCCUGCUGGGAGACUGGAGCCCUUGCUACCGGGCGGGGCCUUCGCGGCAGCUGUGCCAGGCAGUGCUUCUCUUCCAUGUCCUUUCUUGCACUUUAGAGUGAAAUCGAGUUAACUCCAAUUUGGUGGAAAACUUUCUAAGGAGAAAAUUCAGCGUACUGUUUUGGUAUAAAUGGAUAUUAAGCUUUUUAAAAGUAAAGAUGGUGGUAAUUAUACAUUGAUUAUUGUCUGGAUGUUCGUGUGAAACACGUGUCACCAGGGUCUGCAACUUUUUCUGACAGGUGGAAGGAUGAAAAAAUUUUCUAUAUGUAAUCAUUUCCCCCCAAAUGAGGCUCAUACCUGUGUACACACAGAGCCUCCUGAGGAAAGGAACCAGGGGAAGCACCUGUUCAUCUCUCCUCACCAAGGACGUGCUUGGUGGUUGUCCUGAACACUGUCUCAAAUCCCUGCUUUUUCUUGCUUUGGAAGGACCAUGUCUACGUGGCCAGCUGGGCUGACCUUUCCAUAGAGAGGCCCUGGAGUCUCAAAUGAUGAGAACAAUUAAUUUAUUUGUGUCUUAUGCUCA